CCCGAUUCUCUUAUCCCCGCUUAUCAGAUCUUUCGUCAAUAACAGACCUUACAUCCCUCCGUACAUAUUCCGUACCUCUUCUCGCUUUCUUUCUCAACGCAUAAUCCUUCAACACCACCAUAUCCUAAUUGAACCAUCAACGAAGCAAGACUCUUCCACACGGACGACUACUGCUUCAUCACUACGAUACCCAUCACACCUCUCAGAAGCAUAUUUGCAGCCUCAACGAUGUUUAGAAGAACUCUGUCGACAGUACCACGGGUCGCCUCCCAAGCGAUCUCGGCAUCAACUCGAGCCGCCACCAGGCCCGCAACCCAUCAGAUCACAUCCCCAGCCGUCGUGUCAGGCCGAAGGCAUUACCAUGAGAAGGUGCUGGACCACUACUCUCGACCCCGGAAUGUUGGGAGUAUGUCCAAGACCGAUAUGGACGUGGGAACUGGCUUGGUCGGCGCGCCAGCAUGCGGAGAUGUGAUGAAGCUACAGAUCAGAGUUGACCCAGCCACAAACACCAUCUCCGAUGUCAAGUUCAAGACCUUUGGGUGCGGUUCCGCCAUUGCCUCGUCAUCAUAUUUGACCGAAUUAGUCCGGGGUAUGACUUUGGAGGAAGCUGGCCGAGUACGGAACACAGAGAUUGCCAAGGAAUUAUGUCUUCCGCCCGUCAAGUUACAUUGCUCCAUGCUUGCCGAGGAUGCCAUUAAGUCCGCUAUCUCCAACUACUACACCAAGAACCCAGGCGCCCGGACCACAAACCUGGGUGGAACUGGCGCAAGCAUGCCGAAAAUUGAUGUUGAGACGGUGAUGGAGCCAACCUCUGGUCAACCUGCAACUGCGUGA